UGGGCAGUGAUAUAGUGUAAGGAUAUAACGUAGGGUACUUACAUAUGAUGCGACUGAAGUGUUUUAUCUCGUUUGCCGCUGUCCUGGCGGCGGUGGCUGCGAGGUCGCCGCUGGCCGACCCCGCCCUGCAGCAAUUGCUGGUCAACGAUGCCACUGGAAGGUACUCCAACAACGUCAUUGAAGAUGCCAGAUUGGAUGUUCCAGAGCUGGUCCGAAAGUACAACUACCCCCUAGAAGAGCACACAGUCACCACCUCCGACGGCUACGUACUGACGCUGCACCGCAUCCCUCACGGGCGGGACGCACACGCCACGCCCGGGCCUCGCCCCGUCAUCUUCCUCAUGCACGGGAUCGUGUGCUCCUCCGCCGACUGGGUCAUCACCGGCCCUGGCAGUGGAUUAGCGUACAUCCUGGCAGAAGAAGGGUUCGACGUGUGGAUGGGCAACGCACGAGGCAACUACUACUCGCGCCGCCACGUCUCCUUGAACCCCGACAGCAUCAGGAACAAAAACUUCUGGGACUUCAGCUGGGAUGAGAUCGGUGAAAUCGAUGUCCCCACCAUGAUCGACUAUGUGUUGGAAACCACGGAGCACCAGCGCCUCCACUACAUCGGUCACUCUCAAGGAACCACUGUCUUCUUCGUCAUGACCAGUCUUAAGCCCGAGUACAAUGACAAGAUCAUUUCUAUGCACGCGUUGGCCCCUGUAGCGUUUAUGGAACAUAAUCAAAGCUGGUUAUUGAAGGCCAUUUCUCCGUAUGCCUCAGAUAUAGACAAAGUUGCAAGAAGACUAGGUUUGGGCGAGAUGGUGCCAAACAAUCAAAUCAUGACCUGGGCCGGUCAGAAAAUGUGCAUGGAUGAAGUGAAAUACCAACCACUUUGCAGCAAUAUCUUAUUCCUUAUCGGUGGAUGGAAUGAAAAUCAACAUAAUGCUACAAUAAUGCCAGUGAUAAUGGGCCACACGCCCGCCGGCUCGUCGACCCGUCAGUUCGCGCACUACGGCCAGGGCAUCGCCGACAAGCAGUUCCGGCGCUACGACCUCGGCCGCAGGAAGAACCGCAAGCGAUACGGCAGCCGCACCCCUCCCACCUACGACCUCAAGAAGAUCACCACCCCGGUCUUCCUCCACUAUUCUCUGUCAGACCCUCUUGCCCACGUCAGGGACGUCGACCGUCUGUGGAGAGAGCUCGGGAGACCCGUCGGCAAAUUCAUGGUUAACAUGCAGUCGUUCAGUCACACUGACUUCAUGUGGGCGAUAGAUGCUCGCGCUCUGAUUUAUAACAGGGUCAUCAAUUUGAUUUGGCAGAUGGAUGGACUUCAGAAUUCAAACUACGAUGAGCUCGAAUUCUGAAAACUUUAGGUUUUAAAGUUAGCAUUAACUUAUUUGUAUUAAUUCAUAUACACCAUUAUAAUCUAUAGACCGUAACUAUCUUUUUUGUGAUGAAAAUCAAAAUACACAAUGAAAAUAC